UACCUAAGUCCUCCCUCCUUCGCCAGACUUCAGUUAUCAGUUAUCACUAGAUUUACACAUGGAUUCGUACGACGGUGUUUAGCGAUGCCAAUCGCAUGUAGAAUCUGCAUCAAUAUAAUGAGCACAUGGAAAUUGUUACAGCGUCGAUGUUACGAUCUACUCUCGUACAAAUACUCGUUGCUGGUGAUAUUGAUGGCGUUUACUUGCAUUUUUAUCGGCAUUAUUCACUUCGGAGAGAUUUGGGUGGCAUGGAGUAAAGAAAAAUACGAGGCAGUGUUCCACUCUUUUAACGAUAAUAUAUUAGGUAUUUCAUUCCAAAAGAAGCUGUGUCAACAUGUUCCGAUAGAUGUUGUUUAUACAUGGGUCAAUGGUUCUGAUCCAACCUUUUUAAAGAGUCUCAAAGAACAUGUUCCUAUUUUGGAUGUUAACACUGCUGCUUCUAGAUUUAGUGACAAAGAUGAACUGAGAUAUUCAUUGCGUUCGUUGGAAAUGUAUGCGCCAUGGGUCAGACACGUAUACAUUGUUACAAAUGGCCAAAUACCAAGUUGGUUGGAUAUGGAUAAUCCUAGAGUCACUCUUGUCACCCAUGAAGACAUUUUUUUAAACAAAAGUGAUCUACCAACCUUUUCUAGUCCUGCUAUUGAAAGUCAUAUACAUAGAAUUCCUGGAAUUUCUGAUAAGUUUUUAUAUUUUAAUGACGACGUAAUGCUAGGAGCUGAAGUAUGGCCAGAAGAUUUUAUUACACAAGCGGGUGGCCAAAAAGUGUAUCUUGCAUGGUGGGUCCCUGACUGUUCAGAUGUUUGCCCUUGGGCCUGGGUAGGCGAUGGAUCGUGUGAUCCUGCUUGCAACACAACAUUAUGCGAAUUUGAUGGAGGAGAUUGUGAUAGUACACCAGUUCCUACGGAUAGCGAAGCUAUCGACGAAGAUGGGGAUUAUCCACAAAAGUUUUUGCAGGACACUCAAGAAAAUACUAACUAUGGUUUGAAGUUAUUAAAUAUAUUGAGAAGCAAAAGCAAUAGUCUGUGGAACAGUACUGAAAUACUCACCCAACAAACAUUGCCAAAUAACACUAUACACGCGAUGUUCAAUGUAAAUAAAUCUCGUGGUUUUAAUCCUAAUAGCUACUCGAGUUACGCCAACAAAUUUUUUUAUAAAGAACGUAGAAACGGACAGAUCACCUCCCCUGAAAAGUCAACGUUAUCAAGUCCGAUAAAUAAAAUGAAAUUUCAAGACUCAGAUUUUACCGAAAGACGUACACAACUGAAGCGUUAUUUAAACGACGAUGACCUGGACUUAUCGCAAGUUAAUAUUACCGCGAAAACUAACAGUAAGCCGAAUUACUCUGAUCAAUGGAAACUUAGAACUAGACAACUCGAUACGUACGCCGAGUCUUUGUUGUAUGUAAACAAGAUAUUUAACACGGCGUACGGAUUUGAGCGUAGAAGAGUACCUGCCCACAUGCCUCAUUUAAUAGAUAAAUGGAUUGCUGCUGAUAUGCAGAAGAAAUUUGAACAUGAAUUUAAGAAAACAUCUAGUCACAAAGUUAGGAACUCGGAGGAUAUGCAAUUCGCAUUCUCCUAUUUUUAUUUCUUGACAAGUGAGAAACGCAAAGUGCCAAUUAGAGAGAUAUUUGACGCAUUUGACACGGACAAAUCAGGAACUUGGUCGGACAGAGAAAUUAGAACACUUCUGUCCAGAUUGUAUCCACUACCUCUCGAUUACAGUCUAGUUGUAGAAUUUGAGAACACAAUAACAAAUUGUUCAAAUGUUAUAAAUAUCGCGGAAAUAUCAAAUCCUCCGCCCGGCGAAAGAUAUUUGGAUUCGUCUCUUCCCGUCGUGUCUAAAGAAUUAAUAGCAAAUUGUGAACUGGUUUCGAAAAAGAUCGACACUAAAUUUGGCAAGAAAAAGCUCUAUCCGCACGAAGUGAUUAAAGCGGGGAAAAAUGAAAUAUUCGAAAUGCUGACAAGCAACGUGUCUCUAACUGUGCAACUUUUGGACGAGAUUCGUAGGGAUCCGAAAAAAUUUGUAUGUUUGAACGAUGACAUGGAUCCCCUAAGGCGGUCCGAAAAUGAAAUCGUUCGUGCAUUGUUAAAUGACUUUUACCGAUCACUGUAUCCUCUACGUAGUACAUUCGAAUUGCCUGUGCAAUAUCGAAAUCUCUUCACCCAUCGUCACGAACUUCUCGAGUGGAGAGCUAAUCGUGCGAGAGCCAGAAAUCUAUUAUUAUGUCUAAUCGCUUUAUUACUUGUUACAACGUUUUAUCAUCUAUUUUAUCACCAAGUGCGACGAUUGUUUAGAAUAAGAGCACUGCCCACUCUCCUAAUUUAACCUUGUUUGGUAACGAAAUUAGCGCCGUGUUCUUGUGGAAGAUCACAUUAAAAUGUCCUUUCUUGUAAAGAAAAUUUUAUGCGCAAAAUUUGUUUAUAUAUAUAUUUGUGAACAUUUUUAUUGGAAAAUCGACGACGCUACGUAUAGUGAAUCUCUGCUGUCAUUUUUAUGUGUUAUUUCUGUAAAAAGCGUGAAGUAAUAUUUUUUGUAAGAUUCGAUGUAAGAAGAUUCGAACGAGAGAGAGAGAGGGAGGGAGGUUUUUAACAUCAUGUUUUAAAAUUAAGUGAAACGUUCCUGUGAUAUUGACUAGGUACUGAUUUUCUUUUUAUGAAACGAAAGCGUAGGUUUCACAGAUUUUUCUAUAAAUUUAUUAUAUAACGACAACUAGUGACCAUAAAUUUUAAAUAAGCGAUUAAUCGUUGUACAAUCAUAUUUAAUAUUUAAUUUAAUACUACCUUCUCCGGUAGGUAUAUAUCCAACAAGAAAAUCAAUCGAUCAAACAAUCGUUCAAGACUUAUUCUAUACCAAAUUUGUACUUAUUAAAAUAUUCUAAGUGUAGUAAAACGGGAAGUGUCUGUUCACUGAAUGUCUUUCUUUUCUUUUCUUUUCUUUUUUUUAAUUUCAAUACUCGUAUUUCGUUUGAUUACAAAGUCAUGUAAAUAACUUCCAAACGAAGCUGUACUUGUACCUCUUACAAAUUGAAACGUGUCCACGAUGAUACACAAUUAGGAUAUAAGAACUAUCUGUAAGUGUGAAUUACGUCACUGCUCAGAGUAGUUAUAAUGAUGAUGAUGAUGAUGAUGAUAAUAAUAAUACUGUGUAAGUCUGCUACUCUUGUACAAGGUAUCUUAACUUUUAUAUUUGAAUAUUCGGUAUAUUGCUGUGUUAAUGAGAAAUAAAAUGACGAGUGAAAGUCGAAAA